AUGUCUCGCAACGUCUUUACGGCGGUUGGGACGGAGGCGGUGGAGGAGGACUGGAGACGGAGGCUCUUUUUCUUUGACGUUACCAACGCUGGCGCACUGGCGAGGAAGGCGAAAGCGCUCGGUCUGCCAGCGCGCCACUCGGGGCUGUCGUCCACGAGCGGCAUCCCCAACUUGUCCGAGGAGGCCGGUGUUGAGCCCAUCCUCGCAGAGUGUGCUGAUUUGACUGCUCGGGGCUGGACUCUCGUUCUCGCAGCCAACCAAGUCGCCGAGAGGGUGGUUGCGGUGGCCCGGGCGCUUGCCGACUGUGGCGCCGUCGUCAGCAUCGAGGGCCCUGACCGGGCGAUCGCGUCCGCCGUAAUUCUUCUCGUGGCGUGGACGGGGACACUCGGCGGGAAGAGCGGCGCCGCGAAGAUUCGACCUGCUCGGCGGGCCUUCGCAAUGCUGCCCGCGCUGUCUCUGCUGCCGGAGGGCUCCGGGUUCACGUCGAACCACCCGUCCUUUGAGGACAAUUACGGGGAGAGCGAACCACCCACGAUGGAGUUGAUACGUUCGUACUUGUCCAAAGGAUUCGGAGAGACCUUCGGCAGCGAGGCCGAGGCAACGGCGCGCUUUGGCCAGAUUUUCCCCGCAUCAUUGGGGAACGUCAGGAAGCGCAGGCACGACGGUUCGUUCAAAAACCGUAUUAUUCAGGAUCUCAAGACCAAUAAGGUCAAUCUGACAGCCUCGACGCACGAGCGGGCCGUUCUCCCUCGCGGAAUUGAUCACGGGGUAGAUCUGGCUGCCAUGGCGCAGCAUGCCCUCAGAUGCUCCGAAGGAGUCGUGAAGGUAUUAAUCCUGGACUUCAAGGGCGCCUUCAUGAGCAUCCCACUGCACGAGCAGGAGCGUAGGUUUAACGUGGCCGUCCUUCAACAGCCUCCGUCUGUAGAUUCUGGCCGGGUGAUCGUAUGGCGCGUGCUAGGUUUCGGAGGCAAGUCUAACCCUCUGGUCUACUCCCGGUUCGCCUCGUUCGUGGCCCGGUCGACCCAAGCCAUGUUGUCGGCAGAUGCGUGCCGUCUGCAGCUGUACGUCGACGACCCGGCCCUGACGUUGGCAGGCGGCAUGCCUUUGCAGUAUUUUCAUUGCGCAUGGACGGACUCCAUCUGCCAGCGCUUCGGGGCCACAACGGGGGAGUACGCUCGGGGAGCAUUGCCCGACCUCGGAACGGCCGAGCUGCGCUCCUCCGCCCUGGAGGCAUUUUCAAACGCUGUGUACGCGGAGUCGUCACGGGCAUCUGCGGCCUCCAGGCUCAAGACGUGCCGGAAACUGCUGGAGAUGUGGGAUCAGGUUGGUGCCGCACUCACGGCACAGGUGGCCGAGUUGGCCACCACGGUCAGCUCCCUCCGGCUGGAGCUGGAGGGGGUCCUGGACCAGAGCCCGCUCGGCUCCGCGGCCGGCUUCGGGAUCAACGGGCUGAAGCUCGACCGCGCCGCCACCACCCGCCUGAUGGGCUUCGCGCGGACGCAGGAGAGGAUGCACGCCUCGGCAACGCGCACAUCCGCGUGCCACGAGCGCCGGCACCUCCAAGGUCUUCCUCCUCAAGCUGGUGGCCCUGCUGUCUUGACGCAGCUGCAUGUUCUUCCUCGGCGCUCGCCGGCCCUCACGGUCUGA